AUGGGCUCCUGCGUAGCGAAGUGGCGUUGGUGGGUGGUAGUAGUAGCAUGGGCGUGGGGCGCGGCUGCGCGCACUCUCUGCCCCGCGCGAUGCGCGUGCGACGACGCCCUGCGCGCCGCCUCAUGCGCAAAUGCGAGCCUCGAAAUCGUGCCUAUACAACUCAACCCAGAAGCAACUCACAUCAACCUCACACACAAUGCAAUCGACAAUCUCCUUUAUACGUUUGGAUUCUACACUCAACUGACCGUUCUCGAUAUUUCUUACAACAAAGUCGUAGAUUUAGGUAGUAAAAAUUUCGAGAAUAAUAUUGAGAUGACAUAUCUCAAUUUGAGUAACAAUUUUCUAAAGCGUUUAGACAAAGAAACAUUUAGAGGACUGAAGAGUCUUGUGGAUUUAAAUUUAGCAGAUAAUGCAAUAUCAAGUAUACAUGUGCAGACGUUCAAAGAUUUAUCUGCGCUAGAGAGACUCGAUUUGUCAAACAACAGACUAGUAAAGUUUGAACCAGAAACUUUUAAGCCGCUAAUGUCAUUGAAGAUAUUAUCGCUUAAGAAUAAUUCAAUAUUAGAUAUACCUUCUCCUAACCUUGGUUUUGUACUACAUUUGGAGGUUUUAGACCUAUCAGAAAAUUUAAUAGAGCAAGUAACGAAACUUGGUAUUCCACAUUUACAGGAAUUGAAGCAUUUAGAUUUAAAUAACAACCUAAUUGAAAGUGUGGAUCAACUAGGAUUUCACAACUUACCAUCACUGCGGCACUUAGAUUUGAGUGACAACAAUAUGACAUCGAUCCCAACGUCAGCCUUGUCAAAACUAUCAAACUUGUCCCAUUUGUAUCUAAGUGGCAAUUUUUUUCAAAACAUUACAGCGCUUUCCUUCCAAAGUCUAUUUCAUUUAAAACAUCUACACUUGAGCAGACUUUACGAACUCGAGAAAAUUGAUUCAAGAGCUUUUGUAGACAAUAUAAAUUUACAAAAAAUAUGGAUGAAUGAAAAUCUCAAAGUGAACGAAGUUCCUCCGAGACUCUUCCACGGCAAUCCAAAGCUGACGCACAUAUACAUGCGAAAUAAUGCACUAGUGGCUCUUGAAGCUGCUCAUUUCCCUAUAGAUAGGUUGCAAGAGCUAGAGAUUUCUGGAAACCCGUUUGUUUGUAAUUGCUCAAUAUUGUGGUUAUGGAAACUGGGCAGAGAGAGCGAAAUUAGUAACAAGAAGUCUGGAAAUGCAAGCUCUAUAUUAAAAAUAGACUAUGAAAAUGUGAAAUGCGCAACUCCAGCACAUUUGAAUGGUGUCCUGUUUAUACAAAUUCCGGAGUCAGAAUUCGGAUGUUCAAAUGGUUGGGUAAUAGUAGCGAUUGUGGUACUUACAGUGAGUAUCAUAAUAAGCGUUGUUGGCGGUGUUUUAUACUUCAUGGGACCCUUGAAGAAGUGUAAAGGUGAUAAAUCAAAGCAAGUAAUGACAAGUGUCAUGUUGAAUGGUGACGUGUCCAAAUUAGGGAACGGGCUAGGGUAUUCGACACGAGGAAGGGAGCAAGAAAAUAAAAGAGAUGUAGAUCGAUAUCUCAUGAUCGGCUCAUCCGUGAGUAAUAACUUCCAUUCAUUGAACCCUCCUUGGCAUAGCGUGGACAAGAAUCCAUACUACCAGGAAGAUAGCGAAGAGCAUAUCUACCAACAAUUUGCUUACGAGACAAUUCCACACCAUAGAACGCCUGAAAAACCACACAUAGUGUACGUCUAA